AAGGCGCUUUCGAAAAGAAUGGUUUGAGAAAUAUAAUUGGCUGGAAUAUAGCUUGGUGAAUGAUAAGGCUUAUUGCUUUUGUUGUUAUCUUUUUAGAAGAGUUGGUGUAGAUGAUGAUAAAUUUGGUUAUGAGGCAUUUACAAAAGAAGGCUUUAGGCAAUGGAAGAAUGCCUACUUAGCACUCCCUAAACAUGUUGGUGGCCCUAAUAGUGCUCAUAAUAGAUCAAGAGCGGCAUUUGAUGAUUUUGAUAAUCAAAGGGCAAGUGUAAAGGAGAAAAUUGUAGUUCAUACCAAAGAGGCACAAAAGAAGUAUGAAACCCGUGUAGAUACAUCUUUGGCUAUUGUAAGUUAUAUUGCCUUGCAAGGUGAACCGUUCCGUGGACAUGAUGAAUCAGAAACUUCAUUGAACAAAGGCAACUUUCUAGAAUUUCUUGAUUGGUACAAACUAAGAAAUGAGGAAGUGAGGCAGGCAUUUGAAUUUGCUUGUCCUAAAAAUGCUAAAAUGACUUCUGGAACAAUUCAGAAAGAACUUGCCGAGUGUUGUGCUCAAGCGGUUACCAAAGUCAUAAAAGAAGAGAUGAGUGGUUGUUUAUUCUCUAUUCUUGUUGAUGAAUCUCGUGAUAUAUCAGUCAAAGAGCAAAUGGCCAUAAUAGUCAGGUAUGUGAAUAAAAAGGGGCAAGUAGUUGAAAGAUUUUUGGGUAUCAAGCAUGUCAAGCUAACUACAUCAGAAGCAUUAAAGAGAGCAAUAGUGGAGGUUCUUAGUGCCCAUGGUUUAACUAUUGCAAAAAUACGAGGCCAAGGGUAUGAUGGAGCUUCUAAUAUGAGAGGUGAAUUCAAUGGUGUUCAAAAACUAAUUCGUGAUGAGAACCCAUAUGCUUUUUAUAUCCAUUGCUUUGCUCACCAAUUGCAGUUGGUAGUUGUUUCGGUUUCAAAGUGUUGUUCAUCUAUAGAGGAUUUCUUUGACUAUGUGGAUAUGAUUGUGAGCAGCACUAGUGCAUCUUGUAAGAGGAAGGAUUUAUUGAUUGAUAGUCAUCAUACAAUUGUUUUGAAUAAGUUGGACAGUGGAGAUAUUUUAUCAGGUAGAGGACAAAAUCAAGAAACAUCAUUGCCUAGGCCUGGAGAUACAAGAUGGGGAUCUCACUAUAGGACAUUGCUUCGUAUUGAAACAAUGUGGGACUCAAUAAUAGAAGUUCUGCAAGUGGUGCAUGAUGAGGAACAUGAUGUUACAGAUCCUUCGCAUAACAAAUGA